AAAGCAAAUUAUUGCAUUUUUAAUUAUUUUCUGGUUGAACCAAAAGUUGACGACUCGCCCCUUGAGCUAAUUAACCAUGGCAUUGCUGUGGACAUUUUCUUCUUGGUUAGACUAGAUAAUCACUUUCAGUUUCAGAGACUUUUCCUCAUACUUAUUUUCUUCAUCUUCUUCUUCUUCUUCUUCUUUUCCUUCAUGAGUUUUGCUGGUUUGGUCUAACAGCAACACGUUUCAUCAUGGGAAACACUUGUGCGAAAGGAAAACCGAUUGCUCAUGUAUCUUCCUCCAAUUUUUCUGGAAACAAGAGGCCUGCAAGUAAGCCAAGGCAGGAUUCAAAUUCUUCUUUACAAAAUCAUGCUCCAAAAACUUCAGAAUCGAAUGUUCCCGUAUCCAUCUCUAGUAGCCUAAAGUCCUUCAGCUUGAAUGAUCUAAAGGAGGCCACUAAACAUUUCAGGAAAGAAAAUUUGAUUGGAGAGGGAGGAUUUGGGCGUGUCUUCAAAGGAUGGAUUGAUGAGAAUACAUAUGCUCCCACAAGACCAGGCACUGGAAUUGUGGUGGCCAUUAAAAAUCUUAAACCAGAAAGCUUCCAAGGCCACAACGAAUGGCUUGCAGAAGUCAGUUAUCUUGGGCAGCAUCAGCAUGACAAUUUGGUGAAACUUAUUGGUUAUUGUUUGGAGGGUAAAAACAGGCUUCUGGUUUAUGAGUUCAUGCAGAAAGGAAGUUUGGAGAAUCAUUUAUUCCGAAGUGUUCAACCUAUGGCUUGGGUUACAAGGGUCAACAUUGCAAUUGGUGUAGCAAGAGGACUAGCAUUCUUACAUUCCCUGGAUCAAAAUGUCAUCUUUCGUGAUUUAAAGGCUUCCAAUAUCCUACUUGAUUCAGACUUCAAUGCAAAGCUUUCAGAUUUUGGCUUGGCAAGGGAUGGUCCAACUGGAGAUAAUACUCAUGUUUCAACUCGAGUAAUAGGAACUCAAGGCUAUGCUGCACCAGAGUAUGUUGCUACAGGUCACCUGGCACCAAGAAGUGAUGUAUACAGCUUUGGUGUAGUGUUGUUAGAAUUGCUUACUGGUAGGCGUGCUGUGGAAGAUGACAGACCUGGAUUUUCAGAUGAAACCUUGGUGGAUUGGGCAAAGCCAUUUCUGAGUGACAACAGAAGAGUUUUGAGAAUAAUGGACACAAGGUUGGGGGGUCAAUACUCUAAGAAAGGGGCAAUGGCUGCAGCUGCACUUGCACUGCAAUGCCUCAACACUGACCCCAAAUUUAGACCCCCUAUGGUGGAAGUUCUAGCAGCAUUGGAAGUGCUUAAUUCCUCAAAUUCAUUCUCAAGAACACCACCAAGACCUGAGAGCCAUGCAACCAAAAAUUCUGCUGGUCAUUCUCAAAAGUAAAUGCAAAGUAUAUAUGAAUGCACCCAAAAAUUCUGAUGGCCAUUCCAUUAAAUUAGCUUGUUGUUCUUUCAUUUCUUUGCCACUGCCAAGAAUUGUCACCUUUGCGGGUUGUUCAGAGUGUAGAGUAUUAAUUUGUGUAGCAGCUAGCUUCUUAAUACAUUGUAUGAAGUUUUUGAGCUUUUAGGAUGGGUAUUGUUCAUGUACAAAACUGGGAAAAUGAGAAGUUAAUGGAUAUGUUCACGUAGGUAUCUUCA